UCUCCUGUUGCGUCAUUAGAGUGCGACUCCAGACACAAAACAGGUCUGGGCUACAAAAGUAUGGCAGCUGCUGAGGCGGCGGUGGUAUCGUCGUCGUCUUUGGAAACAGACAGAGCCCUGGUCCCUGAAACGGCAGGAACAGGCGCAGCAACGGCCGCCACCCCACCAGCGACGGCUGCAGCUGCGGCCGUUGCAGCCGCUGCCAGAACCGGAUCCGAAGCCAGGGUCUCCAAGGCCGCUUUGGCUACUAAGCUGCUGUCCCUGAGCGGCGUGUUCGCCGUGCACAAGCCCAAAGGGCCCACUUCAGCCGAGCUGCUGAAUCGGCUGAAGGAGAAGCUGCUAGCAGAAGCUGGAAUGCCUUCUCCAGAAUGGACCAAAAGGAAAAAGCAAACUUUGAAAAUUGGACAUGGAGGCACGCUAGACAGUGCAGCCCGAGGAGUUCUGGUGGUUGGAAUUGGAAGGGGAACAAAAAUGUUGACCAGUAUGUUGUCAGGGUCCAAGAGGUAUAUUGCCAUUGGAGAACUGGGGAAAGCUACCGACACACUAGAUUCUACUGGGAAAGUAACAGAAGAAAAACCUUAUGAUAAAAUAACACAAGAAGAUAUUGAAGGCAUUCUACAGAAAUUUACUGGGAAUAUAAUGCAAGUACCUCCCCUCUAUUCUGCAUUAAAGAAAGAUGGACAGAGACUUUCAACCUUAAUGAAGAGAGGCGAAGUAGUAGAAGCAAAACCCGCCAGGCCUGUUACCGUAUACAGUCUCUCCCUUCAAAAAUUCCAGCCACCAUUUUUCACAUUAGAUGUUGAAUGUGGAGGAGGUUUUUAUAUCAGAAGCUUGGUCAGUGACAUUGGCAAAGAACUCUCUUCCUGUGCCAAUGUCCUAGAGCUGACCCGAACCAAACAGGGACCAUUUACACUAGAAGAGCAUGCCCUUCCCGAAGACAAAUGGACGAUUGAUGACAUUGCACAGUCUCUGGAACAUUGCUCAUCACUUCUCCCAACAGAGCUGGCACUUAAGAAAUCAAAACCUGAGGAUUCUAAUGAACAAGUUUUGAGCUGUGAAUAUAUAACUCUGAGUGAGACAAAGGGAGAAGAUGAUGUCAUUAAGACAUCUUAAGAUUGGUUUGGGAUUGUCAUCAUUUCUUGGUUGACAUUUGAAUCCUGUGUGCAGAAUGACAAGCUACGUGCAAAAGACAACUAUGUCUCCCCCUCUCCCCCGCAUGAUUUUUUUGUGUGUGAAGAGAAACGUCCAUCAUUUACAGUUUCUGUCGUGUACACUUUAUCUGCUCAUUAUAAAUAAGCUUGCGGUUCGUUCGGUUCUUUGCUUUACUACGAAGUGUUCUUUUAGGAUGUUAUUAUGUUGUUAGAUUGGAUUCAGGAAAAUCAGAUCUUCUGAUUUUGAUCUUUCUUCAAAGUCUUUUCCCGGAAAAAGUUGAGCACAUACUCUAAUCAAAGAAAAAGGAAACUCAAGCUACGUGUUUCUUUGGUGUCACAAAAGUGAAUGUAAAUUAGUGUUACUUUGACUUUAUUUUGGCUUUCUAGUGGUUCUGUUGUAUUGAAUUCCUUAUGUUUGAAAAGGCCAUUAUUUAACUCAUGUUUUGAAGUUUACAGUUAUUGAGAACAUUUAUUUGAUAAGGCUGUACUACCCUGGUAAUAGGUAUGUUUGUUUAGAUCUCAGAAACUAAUAAACUUUUAUAAUAAAUAUUUGUAACUAGAUUAUUGCUGCUACCACUAACAGAAUGUAAAUAUAAAUAGGAGACUAAAGAUUUAAUUAGAUUCACCUCUACUAUGAGUGCAAAGGACAGCCCUGUGGCUUAUAUUUUGGAUUUGUGUGAUCUUUCCUGAUGAUUUCAUCAAGAUAGUAAACCACCCUGUACCAAGUUAUUAAGUAGCAUAAUUUUUUAAAAGUAAGCUAAAGAAUGUGUCUUCAGUUUAGAAUUUCUUUUCUCUAUUUUUUAGUAUUUACACCUAUACGGGGUAUUAAUCCCCAUGACACUGGUUUUUGGUUUUUCUUUACUUUCUUUCUUUCUUUUUUUUUUUUUUUUUAGUUUGCUGUUUCAAAUUACAUUUGUAGAUAUUGAGGUAGCUGCUCUGAAUUUCCAUUUACUCUCUUCUGCUCUAAAUAUUUUAAAAGCAGCUAUUCUCAUUUUCCUUUUCUUUUUAAAGAUCAUUUAAAAAGAAAUGAGAGGGAGAGAGAAAGCUCAAGCACAGGACGGGGGAGACAGAGGGAGAAGCAGUCUCCCUGUUUAUCCCCGAUGUGAUGCGGGGCUCCAUCCCAGGACCCUGGGACCAUGACCUGAUCCGAAGGUAGAUGCUCAACCAACUGAGCCACCUAGGCGUCUCUCAGACACUUUCCUUCAAAUAGCUUACUGAAAGUUCCAGGUCCGUUUUUAACAUAAUUUUGAAAACAUAGUCAUGUUAUAAAAAUGCAAAUUUCGUAUAUAAUGAGUGCUUUAUAUUUUUAUUAUGGGAAAGCAAUAUAUUAUGUGGCCAGUCUUUAGAGCUGUCCAAAUCCUGCUUCACUGAUUCAGAUAAAUAUAGUUUCUAAAGGAAGAAUAGUUGGAAAUUUCAUAAAUAGGAGUUUCUAGGUUUUUAUGGAAGGCUUUUCUUUUUAAAGGUGUCUCAACCGCUAACUUAAAAAUUUAAACAUGUAAACUAAUGUGAUUUUAUUUGUAGUUAGUCUAAUAUAAAUUCAAUAUAAAAAGUUAUAUGCUUCAGCAGAGCAUUUUCAUCAUAUUGGCAAUUGGUAUUUUAUUUAUUUAUUUUUAUUUAUUUAUUUAUUUUAAGUAGGCUCCAUGCUGGGAGCGGGAUAGGCUCCAAUACGGGGCUUGAACUCACAACCCUGAGGUCAAGACCUGAGCUGAGGUCGAGAGUCAGACACUUCACUGACUGAGCCACCCAGGUACCCCGCAGCAAUGUAUUUCAAAUGAAAAUAUUAAAACUAAUUCUAAGUAUGUACAACACACAAAACUAUAAGGAAAAGAGUUUGCUCUCCUGAUACAGUAACGUAAGAUACCAAACACACAAGGGUUAUAAGUUGAAAGUUUACAGUUUUACUUAUUCACAUCUUGUGCCCUGCCGUCCGUAUCAACUGCAGGUGGCGGUGUUGGCCUCCGGCCUGCUGGAACGGCGUGGCUUCCAGAAUUUCUUUCUGCAGUGCCCACUAAGGUCAAAUAGAGGACAAUUCCGGUUUUAGAGAACGAUGGGGGUUUGUGUCCUCUUUCUCGACUUAAAAACUGACAUGUCAUUUGCUAGUGAAGAGUAGAGAUUUUAUCUUUUUUUUUUAAUAUUGAAAAUACUGAAGGAACUUUUGCCAAAUGGAAAAAUGACCCACGGGUCCUCACCAUCCUGAUGCAGUGACCUGAGAGCUUUCAUUUUGUAUUCCUGUUUCCCUGGUUUUUUGUUGAUGUGAUCACAGUCUUGACACCUAGAUUUUCUAAUGGACUAUUUUUUCAUUUCAUGAUCAUCAGACUCUAUUUGUAUUUAGUUUUUAUUAAUCAUAUUACUUCGUAUUGAAUUUAUUUAAGCCAUUUCCUUAUUGCUGAACACUUACUUUCAAUUUUAUUAGGAUCAAUUCCUGGGAAUGGGAUUAUUAAGUGGAAUAAUAAGAACAGUUUUAUGGCUCUUAAUAUGUUUGCCUUAUUACUUUCCCAGUGAGUUACAACAUUUUACAGUGGCACCAUUUGAGUUUAUCAGUUGAUUAAAAGUUUACAGCUUUGGAUAGGGGUUUUAUAUAUAUUGUUGCUAAUUUAGUAAGUAUAAAAAAUUGCUCUUAUUUGCUUUUUUGUUACUUUUUCGUAUGCUCUCUUCAUUUUAGAAAUAAAUGUCUUCAUGGUUUCUUUA